AUGCUACUGGGGGGCGAGCUCUUUACUGUGAAUCUCCCGCGGGAUCCGCAACGAAUACUGGAUGUCGGCACGGGAACAGGUAUAUGGGCCGUAGAGGUCGCCGACCAGUUUCCAAGCGCUCAAGUCUUUGGCACAGAUCUCAGCCCCAUACAGCCACCCUGGGUUCCGCCAAAUUUGCAGUUUUACGUUGACGAUGCGGAAGCCGAGUGGACGUGGUUGGAGAACGAGAAGUUUGAUUUCAUCCACGGACGUGGUCUUUGCGGUGGCAUUGGAGACUGGCCAAGAUUUUAUGCCCAAGCUUGGAAUAAUCUCAAACCUGGAGGAUGGAUGGAGAUGCAAGAGCAUUCAGUGAGUUUCUUCAGCGACGAUGGCGGUUUGGAGCAUGCGACUGCCUGUGUCUCAGCCGUUAUCGAACUAGAACGGGCCAGCGAGAGGGUAGGUAAGCCUCUCAACGUCGCCCAUCUCCACAGACAGUGGAUGAUUCAAGCCGGUUUCCACGAUGUGCAGGAAGUCGUCAAGAAGGUCCCAAUUGGACCGUGGGCGAAAGAUCCGAAGCUGAAGGAGAUCGGCACACUUUACCGGGCACAGAUGCUUCAAUCAGUACCCUCCUUCAUGCUGGCCUACUACAAGCAGAUCUUGGACCACAGCGAUGAGGAUACAGAGACUGCUAUGGCAGAGGUGAAAGAGGAGUUUGUUGACCGACGCCUUCAUCUUUACCAACGGUGGUACUUCGUAAAGGGGCGACGGCCGGUAUGA